AUGGCCCCCGAGGCACAGGCAGCGGGCCCUGUUGAAGAGGCGGAAGUCCUCAUCGCCGGCACAGGCUUCAGCGGCAUAGGCACCGCCAUCCAGCUGCAGCGCGCGGGGAUCCGCGACUUCCUUUUGCUGGAGCGCGCGGCCGCCGUCGGCGGCGUCUGGCGGGACAACACCUAUCCGGGCGCCGCCUGCGACAUCCCAUCGCACCUCUACUGCUUUAGCUUCGAGCCAAACCCCGACGCCAGCCGCACCUACGGGCGCCAACCGGAGAUCAAAUCAUAUCUAGAGUCCCUCAUUGAUAAGCACGGCCUCAGGGACAGGAUCCGCUUCGGCGCCGCCGUGGCGCGCUCGGUAUGGGACGACUCCGAGGGCCGCUGGAAUGUGCAGUGCGCCGACGGCCGCCGCUUCCGCGGGCGUUUUCAGAUCAUCGGGGCGGGGCCGCUCAGGGACCCCCGGUGGCCGCAGGUGAAGGGGCUGAGGGACUUCAAGGGCUCGCUAUCCCACUCCAGCCGGUGGCCCGAGGGCGGCCUCGAGGCGCUGGCAGGCAAGCGGGUCGCCGUCAUCGGCACCGGCGCCUCGGCGGUCCAGAUCGUCCCCGAGAUCUCCAAGGUGGCCGCCCAACUUCACGUCGUGCAGCGCACGCCGGCGUGGGUGUCGCCGCGCAUCGAUACAGAGUACAGCGCCUGGGCAAAGUGGGCGUUCCGGCACGUGCCGUUCGUGUUGCAGGCGCACCGCUUCCUGAUCUGGCUGGCGCACGAGAUCCGCUACCCGAUGCUGUUUUCGGACGGCAAGUGGCGGCCGGUCUUCGCCAGGUCGAUAGAGCGGCAGCUGAGGGAGUGGAUCAAGAUGGAGGUCGGGGACGAGGGCCUGGCGGCGGCGCUGACGCCCAGCUACGCGCCCGGCUGCAAGCGCAUCUUGUCGUCCUCGGACUUCUACCCUGCGCUGCGGCUCCCCAACGUGUCGCUCCACACCCAGGCCGCCACAGAGGCCACCCCUUCCUCCCUCGUCCUGGCGGACGGCACUAACCUAGAAGUCGACGCCAUCAUAUGCGCCACCGGCUUUGUCGUCGACGCGCCGCUCGCAGCCGUCACCAUCGUCGGCCAGGGCGGCGUCGUGCUGUCCGAGGUCUGGGGCGCGCGGCCGCGCGCCUACCUCGGGGUGACGAUGCCAGGGUUCCCAAACACGUUUUUCGUGAUGGGGCCAAACACCGGCCUCGGGCACAACAGCAUGAUCGUGAUGGCCGAGGCCCAGAUCGGUUACAUCGUGCAGGCGAUCUCCAAGGCGCGCGCGCGCGGGCCCCGGGCGUGGGUGGCGCCGAGGGAGGGGAAGCUGGACGGGUUCGUGGCGGAGUGUGACAGCCGGCACCGCGGGCUGGUGUGGGCGAGCGGCUGCAGCAGCUGGUACCUAAACGAGGCAGGCGAGAACUUCUCGCUGUACCCCGGCAGUACCGCGGAGUACAUCUGGCGGAUGCGGCGGUUCGAUUCCGAGGCGUACAUCCACGGGGAAGCCCCGGGCACCGGUGGCGGCAAAGUGGAGGAGGAGGCAGAGGCGGGGGCGGGAGAGGGGACAGAUGCGGGGCGCGCCGCGCCGCAGCUCGUGCAGCGGCGGCGGGGGGUGUCGCCGCUGCUUUGA